GGCUCGAGGUCCGACCAGCCUCCGUCGGGAGUCGGGGAGAAGGCGGUAGCCUGUUGCUGCCUCGCGCUGGAAAAGUCAUGUCGCUGGGCGGGGCGGCGCUCGCCGGCGCGGACACGGGCGCGGAGCCGCACGGCGCGGGCAAGUUCCGGCUGUUCGUCUCUACGCGCAAGACGUUCCUCCACGUGGAGGUGAUCCCGGUGGCCGGGCGCCCCCUCGCCCGCGCGAGCUCCCACCCCUGCCUCGCGGACCGCUACGGGGGGCUGCGGCUGGAGCUGCCGCAGCCCGCCCGGGGCGCCCGCGGGGGGGCCGCGCCGGGCCGCGCGCCGCCCGCGGAGGCCGCACGGGCCGACGCGGGCUCUCAAUGCGCGGCGGCGGCCCCGCCUGCACCGCCGCUGGACGCCGAGUGGCGGGGGCCCGCGCGCGAGGGCGCCGGCGACGCCAGCGGCGCCGGGCCCUCGGGAUUCGUGGCGGCCGCGAGGGCGCCGGAGGCGACGCUGGCAGAAGGCGCGCCCUUGGCCGUCGUCCUGCAGAACAUCCCGAUCCGGUGCGGAGCCGAGGACCGGACAUCAUCCAGCUCGUCUGGGAUUCGGGCUUCCGCGGGAAGUUCGACUUCAUGCACAUGCCCAUGAAGCGGAGCAGGCGCCAGAACAAGGGAUAUGCUUUCCGGGUCGGCGGAUUUCUCGGACGCCACCGACGCCAUCGACUUCCAGCGCGCGGUGAGUGGCAUGAAUUUCAGCAGGCGCGACAGCAGUAAGACAUUAGUUGUGCAAGCUGCAAGGGCUCGGCACUCAACGGCGCAGCUCACCAUCGCUGGCGAUGACGAGAUAAUCCAGAGUCCGUGGGGAGCGGUUCGUGUCCCGAAACAUGAGCCUACCGAGGAGAACUAUUUCAUCGACCGCAUCUGACUAGGAUUUUGUUUCGCGCUCAACGUGUGCGCUCAGCGCAUCUUAGCUGCGUUUGUGCAGGUUUCUGAAGGAUACACCUCUGGUAGCAAGUCAUUAAUCUAGUAGGUGUGUCGCCUACUCAGUUGCCGCAGAGAUUUCAAGGUGUUCACUGCUCUUCUAAAUUGUUGCGCUAGCCGUCGGAAUCAAUGUCGGGACACGAUGGCGGAUUUUGCGCGUCCGCUUUCGGGAAGAUGGAGGUUGCUUUCUGCCCGGUCUGCAACACCACGUCCGAGCCUGACGUAGUGGUUCGCACGCUGCCACCAGUCUGUUCAUAUUCCCACAUGCUGCGGACCUCUCCGCUUGUAGCUGCUCUCCUACCGCCAUGGUGGAGACCCCGCGAGGUGUGGACCACGAUGCGGACAUGGGCGAGGCACGUGGCCGCAUUUUGCCAAUUUUAUCCCUCCCGAUGCUUGCUUGCAUCCUGACUCUGUCAGGUGCGCCUGGGAUGCGGUGCCUGCUCACAGACGAAAGCUUUGACGACUGGAUUGGUUUGGGACGCUGGCCAUAUGCUGCUCUUGACCUCUGCAUAUGGACUGGCUCAUCCUGAGGCGUUUCUUGACGGUUCCUGGGGCGACAACUGUUUUGGG